AUAAAAGCAUAUUGAGCAAAGCUUUGGAGGACGUUGCAUUUUUCUAUGAACACCCUAAGAUGAAGAAAAGCAUGUCACGAGUUUGGUUGCUUUUGUAUGACCUUUACCAUCGCAGCUUCAAAAAGCGUACAGUGAGGAAUGCGUCCGUGGCUCAAGCGUUAUUCGCGGAAUCCGGGCUGCAGGAAGUGGAGGAGGCGGUUUGGUCGGAUAGGGUGAAGCUGGCGGCGUCCGUGGCGCGUCUUCGGAUCAAGCACAGCGCCCUUCGCCUCAGCCAGCUGCUGCCCUACCAUCUGAGGGACGAGAAGGUCUCUACCCAUGCAAAGCACGCUCCCGUCACAUGUUGGGUCAAUAUCAAGAAAGUUAAAAACUACGAUGACUUGAAAGCGGCAAUUCAGAAAACUCUGGAUCUGAAAUUGAUAGAGUACCAUGAAUCCCUCGAAAUGGAUUCUUAUAAACUGGAUGAACACUGUCCGCAAUUCAUCAUUUUCCACCCAUCGAUAAGGACGAAAUUGGCACAAAGUACUUUGGUUCAGAAGCAUAAGUUAAUUGUUCAAGACAAAUCCUUCUGCGUGGGUCCAGCUACCUUUGGCAAGAUAAUUUCGGAUCUUCAGCUGAGCGGAACGGUGAUACAGUCCCACGUGAACUCUCCUCGUACCACGGCCUAUUUGGCCUCGCUUCUCUCCCAAAACGAAAACAUCAAAAAACUGUUAGCCUUCAGCGCCGGAAAUAGAAAAAGCGAAUACGAGAAUUACUUCAACGAUUUGGGGAUAAAAAAUAUUUUGAUAUUCUCGGAAAAACUUAUCGAUUUGCCCCCGGAUUCCACUUCCUUGGAAGAGGUUAUCGCCGUCUUUGCUACUCCACCUAACAGUUAUUCAGCCGUGGCGGAUCCCAUCGAUUUAGUGUGCAGUAGAGGAGGUGAUUUGUCCAUGCUUGAAGUUCUUACAGAAACUGAGGAUACUCUGGAAGGUAAGCGUAGGGUGGCCACUAUUCUUGAAGAGCAGAAGAAUACGUUAAAGUUCGCGAUGUCCAGGCCUCAGAUACAAUUCGUGUUAUAUGAAACGCACUCGGAAAUCGAAGCGGAGAACAACCAGAUGGUUCGUAGGACUGUGAGCGAAAUCAAUAAAUGUGCUAAAAUACAUCACGCCACGAUUCAGGGUAAAUUGAAGUACCUGGAACCAAGUGAUAGUGAAUCUGAAGUGAAGGUCAUAGAAAGCAAAAAUUUCGAUGAUACGGAAGAUAGCGAAGGGACGACGCCAGUGACUUCUGAACCUGAGAUAGUGCCGAAAAUCAAGAAGAAGGAGCAGAUUAUUGUUCCCGAUUGUGAUUUGUUCGAUGUAUCAAAUUUACCGCAACUUUGUCCGAAUUCAGGGACCUGUACGAAAGUGAACAAGGAAGGUUGCUACCUAGCGUUGAUGCAGCGCAAACAAGUUACUAGGUUGGACAACAAAUAUAUGAUUCAGAUGGCUGAGACUCGUGGUCUGUUUGGUAGCGAAAUGGGUAAGAAGAGCAGUAAGAACAUGAAGAAGAAAGUGGAGAGAACGACCCCGUCGCCUCCGCUCAAGAUACGAAGGGUGAAGGAGAUAGAGAUUGGUAGGAUAGCUGCGCCAACUUUGUCAUCAGUAGGUCACUCGAAGUUCGUGAAUGUCGGAUCAUCGAACGAAUGCAUGAAACACAAGCACCAGCAAAAGACGCCUCAGACGCGUCGCUGGUGGACAGAGACCACCAGACACAUCACAAACGUACGCCACAGCCUCUCGAAACAGAAAAUCCUGCCGUCCGUCAAUAAUACAGAGGAGACAACCAAAGGUCACGCGACCAAAUUCGUGAACAGCCUGGUCAGGCAGACGAAGAAGGUGGACGAGAUCGUUGCGAAGAGUUCCAAGAACUCGAGCAGUGUUCCGUUCUAUCCGAAGUUACGUUUGACCAGAAACACCAACAGAUACGACAACAAAAUCCCGGUGCCCAUCCACGUCACGCUGGUGACGUUCCCAGCAAAGCAUUUCCCAAUCUCGUAAUUACGGAAUGCCAGACCAUUUUACAUCAUAUAUAUUUUUUUUUCAUUUCGUGCCAAAAAUGUACUUCGAAAAUAUCCUAUUAAGUGUGUUGUUUAAAGUAUUUAUUUUAAUGUAAAUUUUUUAUUACAAUCCCUACCGAUAUGCAAACUCGUUUCUUAUUACUCUAACCCUUUCUACUCUUAACUUCUCGUGGGAUGGAAAAUGUUUAACAUUUGCUUUUCUUUUCGUUUUAGGCGACCAGCAAAGGUGCAUCUCCGAACAUUUACAAUCUUCAGUACAAGAUAACCAAGAAACAAUUCAAGACAAGACACAAAUUCCCAACUAGCAAUAUUAUUAUACCACCUGAAAAUUUAGAUGAUGAUUAGCUUCCAAUUUGUAUUAAAUAAACA